AUGAUCGAAAAGAAAAACUAAAAAACUCUAGAAAAAUAGACUUAAAACUAUUAGAAUGCCUAUUUGAUGAAUUAAAUUAAGGAAGUUCAAAUUGUUAAUCAAUCUCAAUAACAUAAAUUUUAAGAUCUAAACCAAGAAUCAAAUGGAAUAUCCAAUCAAUUAUAUUGUGAUCAAAAAUCAUAAAAAGCAUCUAUAGAUUAAGAUAUAUAAUAAAUUAGAGAAUAUUUAAUAUACAUAAUUGAGAGAAGAGUUGUAUUUCCUUAAAUUCUAUCUUAUGUGAUUAUAUCAAAAGAUAAAAUUUGUAUAAAUUAUUGCGAUGCAUUAUAAAAGCAAUUAAAUAGAAUUUAUAAUAAGUUGGAAAAAGAUAAGAGUUCUAGUGAAGAAAUCAUUACUAAUUCUGAUAUUAAUAAAUUAGAUAACGAUGAAAAAAUUAUAUUAAAAUUGCUUUAAUAUUUUACUAAUAAAUUAGCUGAUGAUGGUAUGAAAAGAUUUAAUUUACAUCAUUUAGAUUUAUAAAAUAUUAGAAUCCAAUAUAAUCUUUGUAGAUAGAUAAAAAACUUAGUAAUUUAAAAUUCAAAAGUAUUAAAACUUAUUAUAUAAUAAAUUAAAAUAGUUCAUUCAGAUUUAUUAGCUAUGGAAGCAAAUUAAUAAUAAAUUAGUUCAGAUGAAUCUUAACCUGAAUAAAAUCGAUAAAAAUAAUAGACUGAAGAAUAAAUUGAAUAAUUAACCAAAUUUGAUUAAAAUAAAGACAAAAUUUAAUUAAAAAAUAAAUAACUUUAAUUAGAUUAAAGCUUUUAUGAAGAAAAUGAUUAAUCAGAAAAGGAGAAUAAAAUAAGAAAAGAAUUUGCAAUAAAGGUUUUAAUGUUGAAAUUGGUAGACUUAUAGAUUGUUGUUCCACAUUUGCUAAAAUUAAUUAAAUUUAUAUAUUUUAGUAAGCGACAUAAAAUACCAGACAAAAGAGGAAUUUUAAUAAUAUAUCCAUCUGAAUAAAUAAUACUUUAGUUGUGUAAGAUUCCAGAACUAGUUAAAUUUGCUCAAUAAUUUAAGUUAGAAUAAAUAUUAUGUUCUUUUAUGAAUCCUAAUUCAUUAGACAAAUUUCAACUGGAAUAUCCUAACUAUUUAAAAGUAGAUUUACAUGCUGUUUUAAUCUCUUAUUUAUAAUUAAUAAUAAAUAAUUACUUUAAAUAUAAGGAAGAAUUAAUUUAGAUUUAUUACAGAGAUGAAUAAUUUAAAAUGCUUUUGAAAUAAAUUUGGUAAUUAUGUGGUGAAAAUAUCAAAUAAAUAUUAUGUAGUAAAUUAGAUCCCAGUGAAUAAUUUAGAAACUUUGGAUGUAAUAUAUUAUAAGUUGGUACUUAUUUAUUUAAAAUAAAAUCUCUAAUAGAAUAAAAUAUUGAUUAAAAAGAGUAAUUAAAAAUUGAUGAAGAUCCUUGUCAAUUUUAAUUAAUUAAAAAACCUAAAAAAACUUCUGAGAAAGUUUCCACAAAUACUAAACCAAUUUUUAAAUAAUUCAUUUAAAAAAUGACUAUGCUCAACAAAUCUUUUCCAUUAUUACUAAAGCUUUUGCAUUUAACUAAUUUUACUAUUAAAGUUAUACCUAGAAAAAGAGUUAUGGAAGCUAUUGUUUAAUAGAAAUAAUUUAUUAAAUUUAUGAAGAUUUGUUAUAAUUAUCCUUUAGAAAUUGAAUCAAUAGCUGAUAGAGUUUAAACAAUAUUUUUUAGUGAAAAGUUUUAAAUUUAAGAAGUACAUCAUGUUACUUGGCCAUAAUUAAUUUUGAUGGCUCUUGAAUUAAUUUAUUAAUAAAGAGAGUAAAAUAAACAAUUAAUUAAUGAAGCAGUUUAAUCAAAAUAAUAUUAAUUAAUUUUAAGAGAAUUAGAAACUAUUGAAGAUCCUCUAGAACUUCGCUAAAAAACAAAAGAAUUAUUAUUUUUGCUUAAUGAUUAUGUAAAGGAAUUAAAAAAUGAAUCAUGA